GCCUGGGCCCCACUGAGCUGCACUGUUGGAGCUGGUCUCCAAUCCACGCUUUCUUUCUUUCCAGGACUUUGUUUUUGGUUUUGGAUCAAUUUUAUUUUUCUUACAACCCAAAUCUCUCUUCUGUCUGGUUGGAUUAUAUCUAUUUUGACUGAAAGAACAUCUUGAAGGUGCAAACAGAUCCAGAUCGGGGCGUUGUGAGGAGAGGGCCGGCAGCCAGGAGACCGAGUUGGUUUCGGUGAAAGAGCGGCUGGCGAUGUAUCAGGCGGCCGUGUCCGGCAAGGAAAGCAGCAGCUCCUCCUCUGCAGUGGUGAUGGAUGAGGCUGAGGCCUGCUCCCUGCCUGGUGGUCUGGCCACUGUGAAGAGGCAGUUUGAAAGCCAGGAGUUCACCUCUUCUUCCUCCCAAUCGACUGUCACCCAGGUUCAUGUUCAGAGGAGAUCGGUCCAGGAAAUAUCCAGCUCCUCAGAGGUGACGGUUAAAAGCAGCUCCAGAGAUUCAAUCCCGGCAACAGGUUUUUCUCGACAAGAGGUGAUCCAUGAUCAAGGAGUCCACCAUAACAAUGUGGCUGCCGGUUAUGGGACCCAUUACAAUGAAACAGUUACGCUUGUCGGCGGAGAGGACCUACCAAAGGUUUCCACUCAGGCUUUGAAGCAACAGUAUGAAAAAACGAUUGAGGGAGCAGCACCAGCGAAGGAAAUCAAGGUAGAUGUUGAUUUCAACCAGUUUCAGUGGGCGCCAGGAAACCAGUCAUCCAAAACUUCAACUGUAACAAGUUAUGAUUCAUCUUCCACUGUAAAAGCUGCUUCUGCAGUUGCAUCAAGCUCAUCAGUGGCCUUUAAGGCAACAGAACAAUUUCCUCCACCACCCGAAAACCUGGUGCAGGUAACACAAGAACAUAACAUCUCUCCCCAGUCCAAAAAGACAGGCUCUCAACAAAAGGUUAUCCAUGAUAAGAAACAGUACUUCAAACACAAGAGCAUGGCCGAGCUGAAGCGCCUCUACAAGCACAUACAUCCAGAAGUGCGCAAGAACCUGGAGGAAGACUUUAUGAGUCAACUUACAGAGGCAGAGAAAGCGGCGUUGGAAAGCAUGGAAAUAGUAGGAGACGUCCAGCAGACAUGUCAUAUGUUUGAAAAUGAUGGCAGCAGCUCCAGUGGAUGCUCAAGCCCUGAUAGAGAAUACCUUGAGUGGGAGGAAAUCCUUAAAGGGGAAGUGCAGUCAAUGCGUUGGAUGUUUGAAAAUAAGCCACUUGAUGCAAUUAAAGAUGACUCCCCAGAUGAAAGUGAGGAGAAGAAUAUUACCCAGCAGGAAAUCAUAGCAGGCAAAGAUGUUAGAUACACAGCUUGGAUGUUUGAGACUCAACCUAUGGACGCCCUGGGGGCUGAGACUGAGAAUGCAAGCCAAGAAUCAGAGAAACAGACUGAUCUCGCACGAGGGGAUGUCCGCACUGCAACCUGGCUUUUCGAAACCCAGCCACUGGAUUGCCUAAAUAGGAUCCACCAAGAAGAACACGAGAAUGAGAGUGUUGUCACCAAAGAAAUCUCUGGCGGAGAUGUGAAAACUGCCAGGUACCUCUUUGAGACCCAACAUUUAGAUUCUCUGGGUAAAACAGAAACCAUCGAAGAGAGUUACUUCCUGAACUUGAAGUCUGAGCUUGAAGAGAUAAAGGGGGAUGUGAAGACAACCACUCGUAUGUUCGAGACACAGCCUAUGUGUGUCAUCAGGGGGGACUCUGGUGAAAUGCUGGAAAUUACCACCAUCCGCCGGGAGGAAACUGAGAAAGGAGAUGUGACGACAUCUCGAUGGAUGUUUGAGACCCAGCCUCUGGAUAUGAUAAACAAAGAUCCUGCUAAAGUAAAGUUGAUAUGUGGCAUUUCCAUGGAGGACAACAUUCAAGGUGGAGUGAACAAAGGCAGGUGGCUUUUCGAGACAAAGACUCUUGAUACCAUUAAGGAUGAGGAAUGGGAGAUCUCCAAAUAUCAGAGGGAGCAAAUAAUUGGAGCAGAUGUUAAGAGACAUUGUCUUGUUUUUGAAACACAGCCAAUGGAUACUCUGAAAGACAAUGCCAAUGCCCGACCUUUGACCCCAGAGCAGAUUGUAGGUGGAGAUGUGCAAUCAACCAAACAUCGAUUUGAAACGGUACCUAUGGAAAAUUUAAAAGAGCUCCCUGAAGUAGGUAAACUUAAGAAAAUGAUUGCUUCUGAGGAAGAGAAGGGUGAUGUGAGGCAUCAAAGAUGGGUUUUUGAAAGCCAGCCGCUGGAGAGCAUACAGGAGGAAAAGAAGGAGAUAACAAGAACUGUGAACAUCGAAGCCCAUGACAAAGUAGAUGUGACAAACUUCAAAGAGAUCUUUGAAACUUUAGAUUUGAGUAAAUGUGAAGGAUCACAGAAAAUUCAAGUAGAAGGCGUCCCAAGUGGAUCAGUUAAAUCCAACAGAGUCCUGUUUGAAACCACUCCAAUGUAUGCAAUGCAGGACAGCUCGGGUCACUACCAUGAGGUAAGGACAGUGAGGCGUGAAGAAAUUGUGAAGGGAGAUGUGCGCAGCUGCAGGUGGAUGUUCGAAACUCGCCCGAUUGACGAGUUUGACGAAAGCAUUAAUAAAUUCCAGAUCAUAAAAGGGAUUUCCAAGCAAGAGAUUGAGUCAGGAGAUGUCAAAACAGCCAAGUGGUUGUUUGAAACACAGCCUCUGGAUGCUAUAAAAUAUUUCAGUAACUUUGAGGAUGAAGAAAAUAAGACAAAGGAAAAUAUUAAAAUUGAAAAGGGGGAUGUCAAAACUUGUAGGUGGCUGUUUGAGACCCAACCGAUGGAUGUUCUGUAUGAAAAGGUAGAAAAGAGUGAAGCAGAGGUGGAGGCAAUGCAAAAAGGUGAUGUGAAAACAUGCACUUGGCUCUUUGAGACCCAAACGCUCGACAACAUUCGGGAUCACACCGAGUCAGAAACGGAGACAAUUAUAAAGACCUGCACAGUAAAGCAAGAGGACAUUCAAGGGAAGGACGUGAAGAUGGCUCGAUUUCUGUUUGAAACAGAGAAUCUUGAAAACAUCACAGGUGAGGACAAUAGUUCUUUUAGGAGGGUCACUGAGAUCAACAUCCAGUCUGGAGAUGUUUCCAGGAUGAAGUACAUCUUUGAAAAUCGCUCUUCUGAUAUAAUGAGCUCUACGUCAGAAGAAACUAUGCUAAAGCUGAAGAAGCAGCAGGCUGAGGACAUUCAAAAAGGAAAUGUGGGCAACUGUACCUGGAUGUUUGAGAACCAGCCAAUGGAUGCCAUCUGUGACGACAGCACAAAGACGAGGGAGAUUCGGACUAUAACAGAUGUUAAGGGAGGCGACGUUGACAAGGGCCGCUUCAUUUUUGAGACAUACUCUCUGGAUCAAAUCAAAGAUGAGUCCACCGAGACAAAUAUUUCAACAUUCUCUAAUAUAUUUGGAGAUGAAAUUGUAAAAGGAGAUGUGAAAAAUUACACAAUGAUGUUUGAAACUCAGCCACUAUAUGCCAUUCGUGAUAAGGAGGGCCACUAUCAUGAGGUGACAACUGUAACUAAAGAGGAAAUCAUGAGGGGAGAUGUGGUGGGGGCUCGGUGGCUGUUUGAGACAAAACCCUUGGAUUCAAUUAGAGAUUCAGAGGAGGUCUAUAUUAUCAAAGCUGUGACUGAAGAAGGCAUUAAUAAAGGAGAUGUAACCUCUGCUCGGUGGAAAUUUGAAACUCAACCUCUAGAUGAAAUUACAGAGGAAAUAAAAGUCAGAUCAAAAACAGUUGCAGAUAUCCAAGGGGGUGAUGUAAAGACAAACAAACAACGAUUUGAGACAGAUGAGUUGUCCAAAAAGUACAUCAGAACUGUAAGUGUGAGUGAAAUUCAGAAGGGCGACGUCAGAUCUGCGACUUGGAUGUUUGAAACCCGCACAAUCGAUGAGAUCCGCAGUGAUAGUGAAGAGUAUGAUGCAAUGGAGAGAGUGACAAAGGAGGAAGUGAUGAAAGGGGAUGUUAAACAGUCUGUGUGGCUCUUUGAGAGGCAUCCCCUAGACAGAAUCAAAGAGACUGAUGGCACAGAGCCUGCUGUGGUUAAAGAGCAAAUCCCACAAGCAGAUGUGAAGACAACUACAUGGCUGUUUGAAACCACUCCAUUUCAUGAAUUCAAUGAAAGCAGUGUGGAAAAGACAGAGAUAAUUGGAAAGAGUAUCACGGAGACACUUCAAGAACUUUACUGCCAAAAAAUGGUUGACUCCCAGGGUAUUCUAAUUGAGGCAGAUGAAAUCGGUGAUGUACGCAUGGCAAAGUACAAACUCAUGAACCAGGAGGUUCCACAAAUCCAAAAGGAGGAUAUCAUUAGAGGAGAUUUGAGUAAUAUAAUGAUGAACCUUCUGAAUCGCACAGACACAGUUGAAAGAGUUAUAACUAUUGAUAAAGAGGAACGAGGAGAUAUCAACAACACAGUGAAACAGCUGUUCCAGGAGAAAGGAACAAGUGUUCAAAAAGAGGUAGUUAUCCGUGGUGAUAUUCAAGAGGCAAUUAACAACCUGCUCAAGAAAGAAGGUUCCUCCAAGCGUGGCAUUCUUAUUCAAGAAGAUGAGAAAGGAGAUGUUAAGAUGACUAUCUAUUCUCUACUUAAUAAAGAGGAGCAGUCUAGUAUGGCGAAAGAGGAUAUAAUUCAAGGGAAUGUCAGCAAAACUCUUCACCGUCUUCUGUCAAACUCAGGAGAAGAGGACUCUAAAAAGAUAAGAAUUGGGGAGACGGAAAGGGGUAAUGUCAGCUUUUAUACAACAUGCAUUGAGUCUGGAGCCCUUGACUACCUCAAACAGCUUAAGUCUGAAUCUGAAGAGGUUCAUGAAGAGGUGCAAAAGGAGAGCAUCAUUGGCGGGGACAUUGAGGAGACCAAACUGUUGUUGCGAAGAAGUCAGCAGCAGAUUGGUCGCACGGUGGCAGAAGAUGACAUAGUACCAGGUGAUGUUCACAGCAUUGUUAAAGUGUUUAUGACAGAGCCCACUGAGGCCUAUAAAAACUUGGAGGAAAAGGACAUUGUAAAAGGCGAUCUCACUGCGGCUCUUGAUUUAUUGACUCAAGCCAUCAAUCAAAAAGUGGUAGUUGAAAAAGAGGAGGUAGUUAAGGGGGAUAUUCCUAACACUUUGAAAUCUCUUGAGGAGGCCAAAACUCAAGCCAAGGAAAUGGAAAAGCCUGAAAUCAUCAAGGGUAACAUAAGAGGUGCUCUUGAAUCACUGGAGAAAUCUUCCACCUCGAAAACAGAAGCAACUGUUGAUGAUUUAGUUCCUGGUGAUGUCAAAGGUACUCUGAAAUGCCUAGAGGAGGCUAAGCAAGCUGUUAAAGAGCUAGAGAAAGAGGAGAUCCUUAGAGGAGACAUUUAUAGCGCCAUGCAAAAUUUGCAUGAAGCAUCAAGUGAGAAAAAAACCUACCAACAUCAAGUGAGUAAGCAAGGGGAUGUUAAAGCCACAAUUCAGCUGCUGCUGGAGCCGACCACCUCUCCAAAAUUACAACGCAGAGGAAGCGUUGAAGGAGAUGUGAAAACAUCCAUAAAAUCUCUUUAUGAAGGCCAAGAGGCGAUGAACGUGGAAAAAGAAGAGGUUGUUAAGGGUGAUGUUCAAGGGGCAAUAAAGUCUCUGAUGCAAAGAAAACAGUAUUCAAACAAGAAACGAAUGCAUCAUACCAAGAAAGCAAAAGUGCCUAUGAAAAAUCCAUCAAGUGUAAAGCAAGUGGAGCAUGAAAGCUCACAUGAAGCCAUGAGUGAGGAUGUUGCACUCACUCCAACUACCACUGUGAAAAACCUCUCUCAGAACAGUGAGUCACAGAGGCACACACAGAGGCACCAUGAAAGCAAAUCGCUGAAAACGCAGGUAAUAACCCAAGAGGACCACUCUGUUGCUGUAGUCAAAACAGACAAUUCUGCUGGGGCCUCUCAUCAGAAGAGCAUAACAGAACAAAAAGACAAAGUGCUGCCCCCACACAAAACACAAGCUCCUAAGCCUAUUAUGAUAAAGAAUAUGCAGAAGACUAUUAAUGAUCAAACAGAGAAUAAAGCUGCGGAAGUGACUACGAUGAAAGAAGUGCAAAACAUAGCACAGAUGAAUAUUUCAAACAAGCAAAUAUGUGAGACAAAAACAAUCAAACAGGUGCAAACUACAGUGACUGAGAAGACCAGCAUGCAUAAACAAAAUGUAAUGGUAUCAGAGCAACAAUCGCUGAAACAAAUGGAGAACAAGGCCAUAGGACAAAAGCAGAAUUUUAAAAGUUUAAAGGGUGAUCACAGAAACCUCGACAUCAAAGGGAAAGGAGUCAUCAAAAAGUCAAAGCCAGAGAUUCACUUCCCUCCUCCCCCCACCUCACCCCCUCCACCCUCAGAGUCUGAGUUCUCCCUGCCUCCACCACCAUCACCAGUGACAGAAAACCCAGCAACACCCAGUUCCCGGCCUCACAUGAUGAGGCAGGACAGCGACCUGCCACCUCCACCCCCUCCACCUCCGGUGGAUUGCAUUAAGUCUGAUGCUGAAUUUUUCCCCCCGCCUCCCCCUCCUUCAGCUCUAUCGUCUGUUGGAGGACAAGAUUUUCUUCCUCCACCUCCAUCACAGCAAGAACUCAAUGGAUUGCCUCAACUUCCCCCGGCAAAGCAAUCAAAGCCUGCUGGAAGACCUUUAUUUAAAGUUCCCAAGCAACCUGAACCACAGAAACAACCCAUUCAAGUUAAACCCAAGUGGCAGAAAAAACAACCAAACCCUCCACCCCCUUCACCUCAGGUUCCUCCCAGUCAUGAAACAGCAAUGUCAGCUGUCUGUAAAGAAGAAAUUAAAGCUCAAGAUACAAAACUGGAAGCAGUCCAUCAGAUGGAAGCAAGGAGCCAGCCUAAAACAGAUGCAGUUUCAUCAGCAAGAAUUUCAAGCAUUCCAGUUAUAAAACCAGAGCAAAAGCAAAGUCCACAGCCACCCAAAAAGGUGUUUGUCCCUCCUAUUAGACUGCCUCCAACUCCAGAGCCUGCUCCAACACAGAAGGACCGGCCAUAUGCUCGAAAAUUUAAAACCCCUUUAAUGCUUGCGGAGGAAAGAUACCGCCAGCAAAGGCAGGAAAAAGAAGAGGAAGAAAGAGUUAAAGUCUUGACUCCAACUUCCCCACAGAUAAAAAUGCCACCCUCAGCUACAAGUGCAGAAAUCUCUGCAUCAGAGAGCACUAAAAUGGAAGAGUCUUUGCAAGUAACAAAAUCCAAGAAUGAGGAAGAACUUAAGGUUCAAGACUCCCCUGCCAAGAAAACCCCCUCCCAAAUUCCUCUGAGCAAAGCGUCAAUCUCUGUAAUAAAUAAAAAGCCAGCCCAUUUAUCCUCAAAUGUGUCCUUAGAUAAAAAGCAAGUUUCUAGCUCUGAAGCCAUUGAAAAGGCCCUUACCUCAGUGGAUAACUUUGUGUCUCAGUCUCAUCACAAGGCCAUAGAAAAACAAAUCCAGUCAUGCUCAAAUGCUGUCUCAGUCACGGAGCAGCAGCAGUUUAUUAAGAAAUCCAGCAGCAUGUCUGUCGCUACCACACAGAGCGCUGUCCGGGAUAAUGUAAAUCUUCAAAGCCAGGCAGCAGUCACAUUGAAAACAGACGAUGUAAAGAAUAUUAAUGUUCCUCUGCCACAGGAGGGAAAAAUUAGUCCCUCUCAGCCAACUAAAAUUCCAAAGGUAUCUCCAAGUUUCAAAGUGAAGACAUUUAAAAUGCCAACAGACAAGACAGAGGAGAGGUCUGAAUGUUUGGGGCAAAAGGAAAUAAUGAAAACCGAAACUCAUUCACAAAGAGAGAAAAGUCAGGUGUCACAGAGAGUUGAAUCAAAGGUGCAUUUGGAGAGCAACCAGCUUACCUCAGCAAGAACUGAGAUGAAAACAGAAGUGAAAGAGAAUAAAAAUCAGGUGCCGCCACCCAUGAAGGAGUUCGAAGUGAAGGUUCACAAGAAGAAAGCAGGAAAGCAGGCAGGAAAAAAUGAGCCUGAAGUAAAGUUGUCACCAUCAGUUAGUGUUUCGGCACCUGUGGUGGCUAUGGUAACACCUGUGCCAACCCAUCAAGGACAAAGCCUGGUGUCAGUCUCCCAUAACCAGCAGAGCAUGAAGACAGAGCACGUUCAAACACGCAAAGAGGUUGUAGUGUCUGAGACAGUGGUACAGCAGGAACUCAAGAAGAAAGAGGCGGUUCACAUGAAACAGCAAACGAAGCUACAAUUAACAGAUACUGCUAAAAUCCAGGGAAAGGCAGGAAAGUCAAAGGAUGAUUCAAGGGAAUUGUUAACUGACAGUGUAAGUAGAAUAUCUCACAAAGCUGAAGCUCAGCCUAAAGAGAUUACAGAUUCAGAGAAAUGCAUUGUGAUCCAGAAACUGGUUGCUAGAAUAAAAGAAAUGGAAGGUGUAUCAAGCAAAGUGGAUUCUAACUCUGUGAGAGCAGUUAUAGACGAAGUUCCUGAAUGGGCCAUGAGCUCAGAUGAGAAAAAGAAUAUUAGUGAACUUGCUAAACAGCAAAGCAAGAAGAAGCUUAAAGAGAUGAUGGCUUAUGUGAAACAUGUCAUUCAGACAAAACUCACAGUUUUGGAGAAAAGCUUGACAACUGUAGAAAAGAAAGUGAAAGUUGAAAAAGACAACCCCAACGUUCCUCCAACAGUUCCUUCACCAGUGCCUCCACCUGUGGCUCCAAAGCCAGACAUGAAGGUCCUCAGUGGGGCAACUGUGAAGUUGUCAAAGGCUAGCAGUGGUUUGUUCAAAACAGAAAAGAAAAUGGUGGAAGAGAAAAAGUCGGUCCAAGAAAGCAGAGUCCAUCAGGAUCUGAGUGAAAUGACCGACUAUAGAAUGUCUUCCCCCUUAGCAAGCAUUCGUACACCGUCACCUACUUUUAUCACAAUUGAAUCAAGGAGAGUGGACUCACCGCUUGGAGUGACACCUUCUCCUCCGCCCUACAAGUCAGUUGGGACACCGCCGCCCCCUCCUCGCAGAACUUACACUCCUACGUCCACUUUCAGCAGAGCCACGCCAUCUCCAACCCUUAGCCGCUCCGAAAAGCUCAUGAAAUUGAGGGAUACCACCUCAAAACUUUCACGUGGAAUGACGCCACCUCCUCCCAUGCCCUUACCAGAGUAUUUUACCUCCGAAAGAGAGCGCACAUCCUCGCUCAGUGACACCGAGACUGUUGUUGACAGAAGUGAACAAGGAGUGAUGGAUGUAACGGAGAUGGUGGAUUCCAUGAUGACUGUUAGGGACAAAAAGUCUUUCUUUGAGGAUGCACAAAAGUCUGAAGUGAACAAGAUGUAUACCAGAAAGGAUCCUAUUGACAUCCCAGAACGUUUGGGACCUGAUACUGAGGACACUCCUGAGGCUGUAACCAUAGACCUUCUGAAAGAAGAUCUACCAAGAGUUGAUUUAUCCAAGCUGGUGAACAAAUUUGAGUCUCCUCAGCCUAAGAUUUACGCAAGGAAGGAUCCUAUUGUCAUUUCAGACAGACUGGGGAGUGAUACCGAGGAUGCAGAAGCUGAAGUACACACUCCAAGAACUGAAGAAAUCCCUACUUUAAACGUCAAAGCAAUAAAAGACGUGUUUGAGACGGGAGAGCAUGGUUCCCAAGCAGCCCGAGAGCUCAGAGAACAAAUAGAACGUCGAGAACCUCAGCCACUGGGGCAAGCUGAAACGACUUCGGUCACUGAGCAGUUCUGCAGUGUUGAUGACUUUGGUAACAUCACCAGAGAGACGAGGAGUGAAAUGCAUUCUGGGAGUUUGCUGACUCGCGGGAACCCUCCUUCCUAUGCUGAUGUGGUGAGGGGUAGAGUCCCAACUGUCUCUGUGCCCGCCGAGGCGUCCACAGAGGAAAUGCUUAAAAACUUCCAGCAGUCAUGGGCUGAGAGCCAAGGAGUCUUCCAGAACCUGGGUUUUAGUGUCACAGAGCAGAGGACCUCCCAAACUAUAACACACCAGCAGGAGACUGUUGUGACGGAAAAUUCGAAUUCCAGAGUCCGAGCUGUGCAGGGUGUGUCGGAAGAGGGUGUACCCCAUGGAAUCUCUGAUCGCAGACAAACAAAACUUCCAUAAAAGCUGCUUUCGCUGUGAACACUGCAAAGGCAAACUAAGUCUCGGUAACUACGCCUCUCUCCAUGGACGAAUGUUCUGCAAGCCACAUUACAAGCAACUCUUCAAGUCCAAAGGAAAUUAUGAUGAAGGAUUUGGACAAAAGCCACACAAAGAACUUUGGAAUAAUAAAAACCAGAAGAAUU